AUGCAGAGGAGCGGGAUCAAGCAACAACUGUGCCACCUUCUGUGGAGGAAGAGGCUUGCAGCUGAGAAGAAGAUUGAAGCUAUUUCUGGUAUAUUGUUAGCUGUUGGCUUUGGCUCUUGGUCUUUUGGCAAUACCGAUGCGAGGAGAGGGCGAGGAGCGAGCUGCGAGCUGCGAGGUGUCGAGGAGAGAAAUGUGAGAAGGUCUACCCUACCAACCGACAUCAGACUUACCGAAUUGCCACAUCGUACUACGGGCUUAGGCGACCGCACUUCAAAGCGACAUCCUUCUGAGCUCAGGCGGUCACUGACCGGAAGGAGUCCCUGGCAAGAUGGAUAUCGCACGGCUAUGGGUGCGGAAAUGGCAUGGCUUGGACCUCUGUACCAAGCUUGGAUGCUUAGGGGCUGGCCAACGGUGCCUCGUAGUACGAGUCCCGGGGUAGCGGGAACAAGACGGGAAGAAAAGACGGUUGGUGUCAAGUAG